AUGGGAGGUCAUAUCGGGCCUGAUGGCUACUAUCGAAGCCGCCGCAAUCGCCAAUCCAAUGCUAACCGUCGCCGUAAUGGGCCAUCGCUGAACAGAACAGAAUCGUAUAGUCAUAUUCAAGUUGUCGCUCAUCCGGAUGCCAACUCGAAUAUAAGACAGGAGCCACAGAGUCCGUUUGUACAAAACAAAUCGCUGCAAGACGAAGACUAUAACAUAGGUGAGUGCGGAUACAAUAACAAUACACCAACAAUAGCUUCUUCCUCUGGCUUUGCCCCAUUUUCGUUUGCUCAGGUAGCUGCAAACAUGUCUGGACCUGGCCGAUCUUCAAAUGCGAACAGUCGCGAUAUAACAUAUGAUGGAGACGGGGAAGCAGCUCCUACAACGGACCAAGCAUCAUUCCAGGUAGUUGGUCCUCGCAGAUGCACACUGAAAGUGAGCAGAAAGAAACCAAAGAAAUGGUCUCCAUUCGACCUUGGGAGUUCAGAAGGUGAAUUUGAUAUAGAUGAUACGCGGGCCGCUAUUCCUAAAACAGACAACCCAGUCCCCGAGCUUCCAACAAGCGUCCAGGAGGCCUUCUACACCUUCUACACCCCAAUCGCAGAAACUCAACAACAAACCAACCAACUUCAGGAAUUUUCUCCUACGCCCUCAGUAAUAUCUAGGGAGCGUCGUGAAUCCUUCUUUGGUAACUCCAAUACCAAAUGCAAUUCCGCCACAGAUAUUGCAUUUAACGCAGCAUUUCCACAGCUGCGCAAUACACCAACGAAAUCCCCGCUGGAACGUUCAAUUAUUCACAAGGAGGACCCUGAAGAUACAAAGCUACGACUAGAACAUAUCAUGGCGCGAAUUGACGACGUCUUCGACGUGGAAGAAUGGGAUCCUGACUUGCCAGCUGGAGGUUCCAACAACUCACCUGAGCAACUUACUAUAGAGCCUCAGAAGGUCACUUACACCACUGUGGGAUCAGUUGCCAAAACUGACGCCGUUCCGACCUUCACGCCUCCUAUUCGCAUUCAACGUGAGGGUUCUGGUCGUCGUUUAACUGUUCCGGCGCCACGCGGAACUGACAAUUACUACAACCGCAACCAGCAGCCUGGAAACAACUCCAGUCCCAAUUAUGGCCCUCCCACAAACAUGAAGAAUCCCAGAUUUUCACAGCAGCAAUAUGCACCCCCUCCUCCACUCAAUAUCGCGGGGCUUGAAAACCUGCACUUGUCCGAUCUCGAAAAGGAGGUUUUGUUCAACACAAUGAACGCCACUGCUGUUGCUCCCCCCCAAAAUGAUCACCCGCAGGCUACCUCGGCACCGGACGUGUCGCUCAACAGUGCACCCAGCGGCAAUUUCAGCGUCCAGAAAAUGCUUCAGGAAGAGGCGUCUGGACCUAGCACUCAUUUGACAGGCUCCUCAACCUUCGCUGGCCUCAAUAAGAUGCAAACUCUCCAAAGACUAGCUCAAUUUGAGAACCCAGCACAGGUGUUUGCAAAAGGCCGCCUUGCAGAAUUCAAAGCAGAGAAAAUGAAGCAACAGAUGUCUGAGAUGGCCGCUUUGAGUGCUAAAGGCGCUUCCCAAGCUCAAUCCUUUGAACAUGGCAACAAAACUGGAAUGCAUCAAUUUGGUGAUACUGGACCGGAUCCCUACAAGAAUGCUGUCGUGAGCUAUGGCUCACAGUAUCCGGGCCAAGAGAACUGCAAUCCUCUUCAGCCAGGCUACAACUCAUUUGGGUGCGAGUACCCGAUGAAUGGAUACGGUUCAAAGCCCCAACUUCUUGCUCCACAAGGUUAUCCUCAACCGCUGACAGCUGGGCCUCCUCGACAAGGACAAAAUUCAGUUGCUUUCAAUAGGCUUGCUUGGACCUCUGGACACAGCCAGCUUGCAGAUGCCCCACCACAAUUCCAAUCCCCACCGGUCGAAAAGCAGUUCUCUCCAUGGAAUACUCAAUCUCCACCGGCCGAAAAUCAAUAUUCUCCAUGGAAUAACCGACCUCAACCGGCUGAAAAGCAAUACUCUCCAUGGAAUAACCGACCUCAACCGGCUGAAAAGCAAUACUCUCCAUGGAAUAAUGCCAACGGGAGCUUCAACCAGCAAUCUCACCCCUUCAGCUCCACCGGGCAAAAUCACAUUAGAGAUACGUUGUCACUUGAGGAGAUGUCCAAGUACUACCCCAACGGCUUUGGUCCCAACUUCCAGUAUGGCGGUGAUCGCGAAGAGCUUGAUGAAGACACAAAGCUAUCCCUUCUGGGACUUGCAGAUGAUUCCUUGGAGGCUAAACAGCGUCGUAAGGCAGAGAAGCUUGAUGAGUGGUUCUACAGCGGUCUCAGCCGUUUAAAUAUGACAACCACUGAUCAUAUGCAGGAGCUCAAGAACAGAGACAAAGGGAUUAUACCAUCAGCUCCACGUGCAAACAUGGCCAAUCGCGAAGUUCUCUCGGUGAAAGAUAUCAGGGACAAAACAAACUCGGAAUGUGCUGCUCCUCUCAUUGACAACCUCUUUGGGAUCCUUGUGGCAUACUCUGAUAAUGUUGCGCAGCCAACAAACAGGCGCAUCAUGAGCAAAUUUGUCCAAUCUCCAGCUUGGGCUCUUGACACUUCGGAGGAGGGCAAGAAGAGCAUCUUUGGCGACGAUUGGGUGGCACCGCCAAAGCGCUUGGGAAGGGACCCUCGCUAUACCCGUUCCAAACUGAGCGAAAUGUGGGACUAAUGCUAACCACCUCUACCGAUUUGUUGAUAGCAAUGCGUCAGCAUUCCCAGGGCGUUGGAUUACGAAGGCGCUAAUAUUGCCGAGGCUUUGGUGUUACUGGGUAGCUAUGACAGGGACGGUGUUAUGGAUCUUAUGGGGUGACUGCUAUGACACUUUUGAUGAUUAUGAAGAGACACCAACCUGUUUUUUGCUUUAGUUUUGCUUUUCGCCGAUUUGUCAAGCUCAGCUUUUUGCUACUCUGGGAAUGAACAAGCUACGGAUAAAGAUAGGCAACAUUGCACCCAAAUAAAUAAUGUG